AUGGUUUCUCCAACGAAAAUGAUAAUAAGGUCUCCGUUAAAGGAAACAGAUACCAACUUGAAACAUAAUAAUGGAAUUGCCGCAUCAACAACAGCAGCGGGCCACUUGAAUGUGUUUUCUAACGACAAUAAUUGCAACAAUAACAAUACCACUGAAUCCUUUCCGAAGAAAAGAUCUCUUGAGCGCCUCGAGCUCCAACAGCAGCAGCAUUUGCAUGAAAAGAAAAGGGCCAGAAUAGAAAGGGCCAGGUCUAUUGAAGGCGCUGUCCAAGUCAGCAAAGGUACGGGUCUGAAAAAUGUCGAGCCAAGGGUUACGCCUAAGGAAUUGCUGGAAUGGCAAACAAAUUGGAAAAAGAUAAUGAAAAGAGAUUCUCGCAUUUACUUUGACAUUACUGAUGAUGUAGAGAUGAAUACAUAUAAUAAGUCCAAGAUGGACAAACGCAGAGAUUUAUUGAAAAGAGGGUUUCUUACAUUGGGUGCGCAAAUAACUCAAUUUUUUGACACUACUGUCACAAUAGUUAUCACAAGAAGGUCUGUUGAGAACAUAUAUUUACUAAAAGAUACCGACAUUUUAUCGAGAGCUAAAAAAAACUACAUGAAAGUUUGGAGUUACGAAAAGGCUGCCAGAUUUCUGAAAAAUCUUGAUGUUGAUUUGGAUCAUUUGAGCAAGACUAAAUCUGCUUCUUUAGCUGCGCCCACAUUGUCCAAUCUUCUACACAAUGAAAAAUUAUAUGGACCAACGGAUAGAGACCCCAGAACUAAAAGAGACGAUAUUCACUACUUUAAAUAUCCUCAUGUAUACCUUUAUGACCUAUGGCAAACUUGGGCCCCCAUAAUAACUUUGGAAUGGAAACCUCAAGAACUAACAAACUUAGACGAACUACCUUACCCAAUAUUGAAAAUAGGUUCAUUCGGAAGAUGCCCUUUUAUAGGGGAUAGGAAUUAUGACGAAAGUUCUUAUAAGCGCGUAGUAAAGAGAUACUCGAGAGACAAAGCAAACAAAAAAUAUGCACUGCAACUUCGUGCUCUAUUUCAAUAUCAUGCCGACACCUUACUGAAUACGUCAUCAGUUAAUGAUCAAACGAAAAACCUAAUAUUCAUACCUCACACAUGCAACGAUUCUACCAAGAGCUUCAAAAAAUGGAUGCAAGAAAAGGCAAAAAAUUUUGAGAAGACCGAGUUAAAGAAGACGGAUGAUAGCGCAGUUCAAGAUGUUCGUAAUGAACAUGCUGACCAAACCGAUGAAAAAAAUAGUAUAUUAUUAAAUGAAACUGAAACCAAAGAGCCUCCGUUGAAAGAAGAAAAAGAAAAUAAACAAUCUAUAGCAGAAGAAUCGAAUAAGUACCCACAGCGAAAAGAGCUGGCUGCCACACCAAAACUAAACCAUCCAGUAUUAGCUACUUUUGCAAGGCAAGAAACUGAAGAAGUGCCGGAUGAUUUGUGCACUUUGAAAACAAAGUCACGUCAGGCAUUUGAAAUCAAAGCAAGUGGUGCACAUCAAUCUAAUGAUGUGGCAACCUCUUUUGGCAAUGGUUUGGGCCCAACAAGAGCAAGCGUCAUGAGUAAGAACAUGAAGUCAUUAAGUAGACUAAUGGUUGAUAGAAAGCUGGGAGUAAAGCAGACAAAUGGAAAUAACAAAAAUUAUACAGCCACUAUAGCAACUACUGCUGAAACAUCAAAGGAAAAUAGACACAGAUUAGAUUUUAAUGCUUUGAAAAAAGACGAAGCCCCUUCGAAAGAGACGGGCAAAGAUAGUGCUGUACACUUAGAAACUAAUAGAAAGCCCCAGAAUUUCCCUAAGGUAGCUACCAAAUCAGUCUCCGCAGACUCCAAAGUUCAUAAUGACAUCAAGAUAACAACCACAGAAUCUCCAACAGCAUCGAAGAAAUCAACUUCCACAAACGUCACCUUACAUUUUAACGCACAGACAGCACAGACAGCACAGCCGGUGAAGAAAGAAACGGUAAAAAAUUCCGGAUACUGUGAAAAUUGUCGUGUAAAAUACGAAUCUUUAGAACAACACAUAGUUUCUGAGAAGCAUUUGUCUUUCGCUGAAAACGAUUUAAAUUUUGAGGCUAUUGACUCGUUAAUUGAAAAUCUCAGAUUUCAAAUAUAG